AUGUUAAAGAUUGACCAGAAUACUCCCAUUCAUUUUAGAGGAAAAUUUGCACGUUUGUGCGUGGAAAUUGACCUGAGGCACAAACUGGUUCUAGUAAUCAAAGUACUGGGUCGCGAUUUCAAAGUGAAAUACGAAGGACUACAUUUAAUUUGCUUCGGUUGUGGCCGUUAUGGUCAUAGAGUUGAGCUAUGUUCGGAAGGAGGGGCAAGGAAGGAGAAUGUUCAACCACUAAGCACUGAUGGUGGUGGUCACUCGGAAAAUGUUCCAAAGAACUUGGUUGUGAAAUCCACUAAUUUGGUGUCAGAACUUUCGAAUUCAGUUAAUCAAGUUACAAAUAAUGUGGGAAGGAAUAUAGGGGUGUCAGAUCUGAAUGAAGAUAUGGAAAAUGGGAACACCUUGAAUUCUUUUGGGCCUUGGAUGAUAGUUAAGAGGCCCCAAAGAAAAAAUAUGAAGAAAAAAGUCUCUGGGCUUGAUCUAAAUAAGGGAGUUAAUGUUGCACUGGGCUCAAGGUACCAAGUUCUAGACCAAAUAGAGAACCAGGAGUCGACACAAAUGGACUUGGUGGGUAGGCAGAAUGAAGCUCAUCUGGAGUCCAGGGUCAAAAAACCUCAGCACAAUAAAGCUGCUAUGUUUGCAAAACCUGCCACAGUAGGAAAAGAAAAUAAGAAACGAUCUCAAAAGCCUCAUACUAAUCAGAGUAAGGGGAUAGUAGUUAAUACGAGUGUGUCUACUUGGAAGGGGAAGGAGAUAGAAGGUUCUAGCUCUGCAGAGAUCGACAAUCGGAGAAAGGAGAAUUAUUAG